AAAAAACAAGUACAAGUAAUGCGGCAAGAGUCCCGCGAAGGAACGGAACUGCGACUCCUGUACUCAGUUGAGAGCAACCAUGCCGGAGGAAACGACUUCGAUCGACUACGUUAUGGAGGCGGCUUCCGGUCCCCACUUCUCCGGCCUCCGCCUCGACGGCCUCUUGUCCUCUCCACCGGCCUCUUCAUCUUCUUCUCCUGCUCAAAGGUCCUCCGCCUCCGCUUCCGGUUUAUCACCCCUAGCCGCCGAUUCCAACUUCCCCAAACAGCCCUUCGUCAUCGGGGUCUCGGGAGGUACAGCUUCGGGUAAGACCACAGUGUGUGACAUGAUCAUCCAACAGCUCCAUGAUCACCGUGUGGUCCUUAUCAACCAGGAUUCGUUUUACCGAGGUUUGACUCCUGAAGAAUCUGAACGCGUGUAUGAAUAUAACUUUGAUCAUCCUGAGGCUUUUGACACUGAGCAGCUUCUGGAUUGCAUUCAGAAGCUCAAAUCUGGGCAAUCUUACCAAGUUCCAAUUUAUGACUUUAAGAUUCAUCGCCGUUGCUCAGAUAGUUUCCGGCAGGUAAAUGCUUCUGAUGUUAUCAUAUUGGAGGGGAUUCUGAUUUUCCAUGACCAACAUGUUCGCAACAUGAUGAAUAUGAAGAUUUUUGUUGACACAGAUGCUGAUGUGAGACUUGCUCGUAGAAUUAGACGUGACACAGUUGAGCGGGGCAGGGACAUAAACUCUGUUCUUGAACAGUAUGCAAAGUUUGUCAAGCCUGCUUUUGAUGAUUUUGUUCUCCCAUCGAAGAAGUAUGCUGAUGUUAUAAUUCCUCGGGGAGGUGAUAAUCAUGUCGCCAUUGAUUUGAUUGUGCAACAUAUCCAGACAAAGCUUGGUCAGCACAACCUUUGUAAAAUAUAUCCAAAUGUGUAUGUUAUUCAGUCAACAUUUCAGAUAAGAGGUAUGCAUACACUGAUUCGAGACACGGACAUAUCGAAGCAUGACUUUGUAUUUUAUUCAGAUCGACUGAUUCGUCUGGUUGUGGAGCAUGGCCUUGGCCAUCUGCCAUUCACUGAGAAGCAAGUAGUUACUCCAACAGGAUCGGUAUAUACUGGGGUUGAUUUUUGUAAAAAGUUGUGUGGUGUUUCCAUCAUUCGAAGUGGUGAAAGCAUGGAAAACGCAAUGCGUGCCUGCUGUAAGGGAAUUAAAAUUGGAAAAAUUUUAAUCCACCGUGAUGGAGAUAAUGGAAAGCAGCUUAUAUAUGAGAAGCUUCCCAAGGAUAUAUCUGAACGGCAUGUCCUACUUCUAGAUCCUGUUCUUGCCACAGGGAAUUCUGCUAACCAAGCAAUUGAACUACUCAUACAGAAAGGUGUUCCAGAAUCCCACAUCAUAUUUCUAAACCUCAUCUCUGCCCCUGAGGGAAUCCAUUGUGUUUGCAAGAGGUUCCCAUCCUUGAAAAUUGUCACCUCCGAGAUUGAUGUUGAGCUGAACGAAGAAUUCCGGGUCAUACCGGGCCUGGGUGAGUUUGGGGAUCGUUACUUUGGUACUGACGAUUGAUCCUUGAGAGUUGGCAUGUGAAGAAUCGAUUAUUAUGCGUUAUUAUGGGACAAUAUUUUUCUAGCUAUUUUCAUAUAUUUCUUCUGUUGCAAGUAUUUUAGUAAGAAUCUUCAACAGAGAAUUAAGAAGAUUUCAAGCAUAUCUUUUAACUAAUGCAUGAAGGUUUUUCUUUGUAAUUACCCAUAUGGUGUAUGUAAUACUUAAAUGAUUGCUUGCCAAGUAUUGUUGAGAAUAUGGAUAAGAAACCAGAAUAUUUCAGAUGGUU